CAUCGAUUACAGUAUUUCUUCUGGGACAUCUUCAUCAUUUACUAGUGAAAAAUCUAGAUGUUUAGAUUCUCCUUUAGAUUUCAUAAGUCCUAGUUCUUCAAAAGGUUGUCAAACUCUGAAAGCUUGGUCUGAAAAAACACCCAGAAAAGUUUUGUUAAGGCACCAAUUGAAGAUCGAGAAAGAAGCUCGCCUGAAAGCUGAAAAAACCAUUUUGGCCUUGAGCAAUCAGUUGGCUGAAUUCAAUACUGUUGACAACUUUCUCUCCCUAUGUGAACAACAUUUGUCACCCAGUGUACUAACCAUUGUCAAAUCACAUAUGGUAUGCAAGACAAGAAACCCUCAUGGAUACAGGCACUUUAGACACCAGGAUCCUAAAUAUCUGAAAAUAGUAUAAAGAUACAAAUUACAAU